AUGUACGCGCAAAUAGGAGCUGAUACAGCCUUUCGCCAUAUUGAUCAAGCGGUCAUUAAUGAAGGCGCCGACGCGAAGCUCAUGCACGGCAGCAUUUCCUUAGACGACGAGGAUGAGAACAAUUGCACAGAACUACUUAUGGGCUUCCAUCGGCAUCUUCCGGAAUAUCGGCAAUGGCGCGAGACCACUGGCCGCGCUCGCGCUAUAAAUGUGAUUCAAGGAUGGAAAGACGAGAAUGAUUGGCCUCAGGUCAUUCAAGACAAGCUUCCUGACAUAAAAUGGAUUCGUCAACCUUGCAAGCGAGGACAAGUGCGAAUCUCUCACCCUCUGCUGCCAUACGGUUCGACCGGCCCGAUGACGGUAAAUCGGCGGAUAAUUCCCUGUUGGUACGUCGUUGUACGUAACGGCACGAUGGAGAACCCGAAUUUGGGAACAUAUGAAGAAAUCUGUAAGGCUCACCGGGAGCUCUUAGCUGCUCCGCGAUCACCAUCGGGGUAUCCAAAUAAGUAUGGCGGAACUGAUCAGCCUUUCCCUGCGGACGUCCGAAUAGAUCUACAAUCAUACAUCCAGAGGGCACUUGUUGGCCAGGUGCAUUGGGGAGACCCUAUGGUUCGCCGCGAAAUGCAUAUCGAGUUUGGA